AAAAAACAUUUUCGAUUGGAUUCGAGAUUCAAGGAUUGUAGCACCUGACAUUUCAUUCUUGACAAAUUCAAAAUGUCGGUUUCUGCUUCUGCUGCGGUUGAUAACAAGUCUGGAGAUGAUUGUCCCCCAAUUUGGACAAUCAAUGUCAAUGAAGUAAGAACGCUGAAAGUUAGCAAUAUCUCAGUGUCUGCUACUGAGGAUGAUAUCAAGGAAUUCUUCUCUUAUCCUGCGGAUAUGCAUUUCAUUGAAAUGCAGAGGGAAAGUGACACCACUCAACUUGCAUAUGUCACAUACAAGGAUCCAAAGGGAGCAGAAACCGCAAUGCUUCUUUCGGGAGCUGUCAUAUCUAAUCUUUCCAUUUCUAUAGCACCAGCUGAGAACUAUGAUCUGCCUCCUAAUGCUCCUCCUCUAACCCUAGGAACGGAGCCAGCAUCCGGUUCUGAUGCUGUCGAGAAGGCGGAGGACGUUGUAAGCUCCAUGCUUGCCAAAGGCUUCAUCCUGGGAAAGGAUGCCGUAAACAAGGCAAAAUCUUUGGAUGAAAGUUACCAUGUGACAUCAAAUGCCUCAGCUACGGUUGCCUCUGUUGACCUUAAAAUGGGAAUAAGUGAGAAGCUAAGCAUAGGGACAGCAGUAGUUAACGAAAGGGUUAAGGAGAUGGACGAGAAGUUCCAAGUUACAGAAAAGGCAAAAUCUGCACUUGCGGCAGCUGAGCAGACGGGGUCUGCACUCAUGAGCAAUCCUUAUGUCUCAACCGGAGCAUCCUGGGUUUCAACCGCAUAUAAUGCUGUAGCGAAAGCAGCAGAGGACGUGAGCACAAUGACAAAGGAAAAGGUUGAAAAAACCGAGGAGGAGAGACGGACUGCAAUUGGUAAUGAUUCCGAUGCUGCCCUUCUUGAUCAGUCUUUGGCUGGAGAUCCUGCCCCUAAUUACUCUGCUGAUAGCAGAAAACUCGUAUAAUUUAUGCCGGGGAUUGCUUCUUCAACUCUUGUAUUACAGUCUCUCUGCCACUAUAUAUUUCAUGACACUGUACAAGCAUAUGCACUACUGCAGUUGGACUGAGUAUGAACUAAAGCUGCAUGUGUUUGGCACAUUGGAGUUCGAAUAUUAAAAGCCGCUUAGCUAACAGGAUUAGAUUAACAGUUCGAAAUUUGUAUUUACUUUGUGUAAUCAUAGCCAACAUACUAAUAGCUUUCUCUUAUGAACUCUCCACCUUUUAUAUAUCUUCACAGCUACAUAAGGUUGUCACCUUUCCCAAAAAUCAGACAGUCAGGCUAAUGACUGAAACAAUGUACACAUUUUCUUCCA